ACCCCUUUCCCCUCCCCAACCAAAAACCUCCAAAAAAAAAAUGGCUUCUAUGGUUUUUACAUCAUCACCUUUUAGUGUUCAAUCAUUUGUCAAAUUAAGAACAAACUCAAAUUAUCCACAUCCUUCAUGUUAUGUACCUAGGGUAAAAAAUUCUUAUGAACAUUUAUCCUAUAAGAAUAUUUCUCAUAUUGAGUCUUCCAAAUCUUUAUUUUUAAAGGGUGAUAAUAAUUUCUCUAUUUCAUCACCAAAAUUCCCAAGAAUUGCUUCAACAUAUUCUCCAUCUUUGAAUAUUAUUAAAGCAAGUAGAGAUGAAAAUAUAUAUCAUUACCCAGCAUUUGAAGGAGGAGUUAAAACAGGUUUUGCACUUGGGGACAGAUACCGGGGGAUGGUUCUGCUAAUUGUUAAUAUUCCUCAGAUGGGUUCUAUAUGGGCAGAAAAGGAGAUCAAGUUUCUCAAUGAUUUGCGUAAAUUGUAUGAAGGCAAAAUAUCCUCCCCAUUUGAGAAGGGAUUUGAGGUUCUAGGAUUUUUUUAUGACAUGGAAAAUCAUGAUCAUAAAAAAUCCUGGUUUUGGCGAGAAAAUCCUGAAAUUGAAGCAGAAAAAGAAAGAAUUCGUAGACUUGCCAAUUUUCCAAUUUUCGAAAAGGUUGAAGUGAAUGACGAUCAUCAUGACAAUCUUUGGAGAUUUAUGAGGACAUCAAGAGGUAUCACAAAAAUCGGGGAAGAAUUUGAAAAAUUUCUAAUAGACGGAAAUGGAAUACCUAUAGAACACUUUUUUCGAUACGAUGGAGAAACACUAGAACCUCAACCCGUGAGACCAGGAGAAUACCCCGGUGAAUCAUUCACGUCAAAAGAAACCAACAUCAUAAAGGCUACCAUUGAUGGAUUUCAUUGGAAGACACAAUCUCAAUAAUUAUUAAAUAUCUUACAUCAAAGUUAAUACUCAUAUUGUGUGCAACAUUUUACUUCGUAAAAGUAUU